AAAAUUAAAAGGCCACCAAAUUCAUUUUUUUGCUUUAGUGAAAAAAUGAGGCGUCAAUUCACAGAAGAAAACCCAGGCCUCAACCAAAAUGUCAUAACGAAGAUGUUAGCUAAAAAGUGGAAGACAUUGAGCAAAAAGGAAAAACAAAAAUACAAAAUUGAAGCUGAUUGUCAAAAUGCGCUACAC